AUCGGGAGCACAGUCAGUGCGGAUCGGAUAUAACAUCACUGACAAUCACCUCAAAGAUGUGUGCUUAGCCGACUGCUCUACUUUCUCUACACCCACGAACUGUGUGGCUAGACAUAGCUCAAACUCCAUCUAUAAAUUCGCCGAUGACACAACCGCUGUUGGCAGAAUUUCAGAUGGUGACGAGGAGGUGUAUAGGAGCGAGAUAGAUUAGCUGAUUUGAGUGGUGUCACAGCAACAACCUUAACGUCGCACAACCAUAGAAGGGAGCACCUGUUCAAAUUAUAUUUGGUUCUGCAGUCCUGAAUAUUCUAGAAGACAUUGGAUUUAAUCAUUUGGAGAAAAUGGGGACACCAGGUGCUGGAAGAAAACGGACACCUAUCAAAGAUAGGUUCUCAGCGGAAGAUGAAGCACUGAGCCAUAUUGCCAGAGAGGCAGAGGCCAGGCUUGCAGCCAAACGUGCAGCCCGAGCAGAGGCAAGAGAUAUUCGUAUGAAAGAACUGGAGCGGCAGCAGAAGGAGAUUUAUCAUUCAUCUGACAGAAAAUGGGGAGAAAUUCACCAGUGGAUGGAGAAUGCAGAACGUGCUAAACAUUCUAUUAGGCCUCACCGACAUCACCUGGCAGCCAAUGAUGCCCUGUCUGUUCGAAGUUAUAGCAGCCCAAGGCACUCUUACUUUGAUGUACCUGUGCCUCACAGAAGCAGCUCAAGGAGAAAGGAUCUUGUGUCAUUGCCUCAGGAAAAGCACAAGUCUGCUCAACUCAAGAAAACCUCUCGAUCUAGUGGAAUAUCUCAUGACAAAAUGAAGUACAGCAUCUUACCUAGCUCUAAACCCUUCUCUUCGUUUUAUACUCGGCCUUCCUCUCCUUACAAUGCUUCAACUACAAUAACCAGGAGUUACAGGGCAUCACUAUGUGAUGACAGGCUUCAUAGACGUCAUUGGAGAUAUAACUCAAGAACUCCAACUGGAAGCAGUGUUUCUUCCCAAACAAGCUCAUUACACAACAGCCCUUGGAAUUCAGAUGAUGAAACAUUGAGCACCAUAUCCCAAGAUAGUUUCAACCGGGAGCGUUAUGACAGUAUGUUGGAUGAGAAGACCGAAUUAUUUUCUCGACCAACAUCUCGAAAUGCAGUUUCAGGAUUGUCCGCAGCCACACUGUCCUCCCUUGGAGGAGCUUCCUCGCGACGAGGCAGUGGGGAGAUGAGUGGUAUUCUGGAUCCAGAUGUUUCACUUAGUGAAAUGCGGGAUAUCUAUGAGCUUAAGGACCAGAUACAAGAUGUAGAGGGGCGAUACAUGCAGGGAUUAAAAGAACUUAAGGAUUCCUUAUCGGAAGUAGAAGAGAAAUAUAAAAAAGCAAUGGUUUCCAAUGCACAACUUGACAAUGAGAAAUCAAAUCUUGUCUAUCAAGUGGACACCCUAAAAGACGUUAUUGAGGAGAUGGAGGAGCAGAUGGCAGAGCUAUAUAGAGAGAAUGAGGAAAAAUCCAAGGAACUGGAACGACAGAAACAUAUGUGUAACGUGUCACAACAUAAAAUAGAAGAAUUAAAAGAAGGUAUUCGGCAAAGAGAUGAACUGAUAGAGGAAAACAAGUGUCUACAACAGAGGGUGGACACCCUCAUGAGGGAAGUGUUUGAUCUGCAGGAAACUAUCAACUGGAAAGACAAAAAAAUUGGGAAACAUGGUUUGGUGAUUAUUCCAGAAAGUACACCAAAUGGUGAUGUAAACCAUGAACCUAUUGUUGGUGCAAUUACAGUUGUGUCUCAAGAGGCUGCACAAGUACUUGAAAGUGCUGGCGAUGGGCCACUAGAUGUGCGGCUAAAGAAACUGGCUGAUGAAAAGGAAGAAUUACUUGCACAGAUCAGAAAACUGAAAUUGCAAUUGGAAGAGGAACGACAGAAAAACUCUAAGAUUGAGAAUGUGCUCACAGAUUCUGAUCGAUUAGAAAAUGGCACAGAUCUACAAAUUCUUGAAAUGCAGAGAGAUGCAAAUCGGCAGUUGAGUGAAUAUAAGUUUAAACUUUCUAAAGCUGAACAGGACAUAGCCACUGUGGAACAAAAUGUUGCCAGACUUGAAGGGCAGUUACAUAGGUAUAAAACAGCAUCAGAAAACUCUGAAAAAAUAGAGGAUGAACUUAAAGCAGAAAAAAGAAGGUUACAGCGAGAGUUGCGAUUAGCAUUGGAUAAAAAUGAGGAAAUGGAAAUGACCAAUAGCCACUUGGUGAAGCGAUUAGAGAAGAUGAAAGCCAAUCGAAAUGCACUCCUCUCUCAGCAAUAGAGAUCAAAAAGCAAAUGCACUGCAUCUUAAACUAACAAAACCUCCAGGUGUUCCAAUUUAUAGACCUUUUCUAUUGGCCCAGCCACUAUUAAAUCCUGAAACAUGUUUAUCUAUAUGGCUCUGGAUUUAUAAAUGUAGACAAACUUUUGUAAUUUAUGAGAGAACGAAGACAUCACCUAAUGUCUACAUGUUUGAUAAGAGUUAAUUAUGUUACCUUGUAGCUCACUGGGUUAAUUAUACUCUUUGAGUUGGGAUGUGUUCUUGAUAUGACUAAUUAGCAUGUAAAUAUGAAUUGUUAUAGCUUUAGUACAUCAGAAUGAUUUACCUUUCUGCUGCUGAGAAUUAUAGUGGUUGCUUAAAGACCUCGAAGGACUGUAUGAACAGAACUGAUACAGAAGAAAACUUCACAAGUUCCUUUUGAAACAUCGGCUACUGUUUAGUGGUCAUAAUGGAUCACCACUACACAUUUCAAGUGCCUUUUCUAUGGUGUAGUGAAGAUUAUCUUGCUUUUGUUACCUAAUCAACAACAUGUAUGGACUGUUCAUUUGGUCUAAAGUAAUAUAAUCCGUCUUUUAAAAACUAAACAUGCAAAUUUCUGGAACAAGUAUUUGCCAAAAGUGACACUUGAUUUUCCAUAAUUAACAUUCUAAAGAAUUAUGUACAACUUACUCUCAUAAAUAAAUGGACUAUAGGUAAGUGUUGAAUCAGUUUCAACCACCGUAUUAUGUAUUUCAAAACACAAAAGUGGCAACACUCUACUCCUUACUAUGUUCAUGAAAGUAAAGCAAAUGGAAAAUUAUUUCUUUUGCUCUAUAAAGCUAUUAGACUGCAUCUUCAAAACAUUGCUUAUGUUCCUUGUUUGUAAAUGUUUGGUCUUUUCAAGAAAAGAGGCUUGUGAAUGAGGGUUUUGACAUUAAAUGUAACCGUGGACACUUUA